AUGCUCGCGAUAUCGGUCCACGCCGCAUCUCGCACUGGUCUCGCGCCGUCGAGAACGAGCGUUCGUCCCGGAUACACGCGCGGCUGCGCCGCUUUCGCGCACAGGCGCGUCGAUGGAAAACAAACAACGGACAAUGAUGACGUCGUGGCACCGACGACGCGCGUCGACACGGGUCCGUCGCGCAUCGACGUCGCGGCUCCGUUGGCGCUGCUAGCUCUCGCGUCGUCCGUCGUCCCGCCCUCGCACGCGUCCGAGUCCCUCGCCGCGUUCGCCGCGUUUUCUUCCGAGGGCGACGCCGUCGAACGAGCGCGCGACGUCCUCGACCGGCUCGAGACCAUGCCCCAGAUUGAGACGAUCCCGCUCUGGCUUUUCGUGAUGACGCUCAGCGAGAUGCUGCCGCUGUUUCCCUCGCAGCCGGCGGCGUUGACGUCGGGGAUAGUUUUCGGCGCGACGGAGGGUGCCGCGAUGGUGAUCGUCGCGAACAUGACCGCCGCCACGCUCGCGUUCCUCGCGGCGAGGGGCGCGGGGCGAGCGUUGGCCGAGAAAGUCGUCAAGGAGGAGACGGGGAGCGGGACCCGAGGGGACGAAACGGCUACGGGUCGAUACGAAACGGCGUAUGGCGGCGACGCGGACGACGGGGAAGACGUCGACAACGCGUUCGCGCGAAAGUGGGCGGAGCUGCGCGCGAACCUCGCGGAAUCUGAACCGACGCGGCAGGCGACGCUCAUCGCGCUGUACCGCCUCACGCCGCACCCGUUUAGCGCGAGCAACUACCUCUUCGGCCUGGUGCGUGAGGUUCGGUUGGCGCCCUAUCUCGUCGGGACGUGCGUGGGCGUCAUCCCGUACGCGAUCCUCUACGCCGGCGCGGGCGCGUACGGUCGCACGUUGCUCGACGGCGGCGAGGCUUUCGAGACGGCGUUCGCGCGCAUCCGCGAGAUCGUCGAGAGCGAUCUGGAGAUUGGGGAGGAGGGCGCGCUGGCGGUGGGCGCGGCGACGGCGGCGGCGUACUUGGCGAGGCGACUGGCGCGACGACGCGACGACGUGCGCGACUCGGCGUGA